GUCUCAGCAGAGCAAGAAGUUUAUUAAGAAACGUAUGCCUAAAGGUACCAUGAACUGUUACACGCUGAUGUUUGUUUUAAG